AUGAUAAAAAACUUAUUUAUUUGUAAUACUGAACAACGUAUUAUUAAUCGACUUCAUUUCAUUUUUCUUUUAUUAAUAUUAUAUUUCAUAUUUCUAUUUUCUGCUUUUAAACCAAAAUUAGUUACUGUUCAAAUAAUAAAACCAUCACUUUCGAAAUAUAAAGAUUUAUUACAAGAGCAUUCUUAUUCUCUUCAAUGCUCUUGUUCACAAAUAUCUAUUCCAUAUGAAACAUUUCUUAAUAUUGAACCUCAUUUUCAUGAUUUAUGUUCAAGUCAAUUUAUUUCUGAUGAAUGGAUUCAUUAUGUUUAUGGUGAAGGUCAUCUUUCUCGUCGAUUUUCAUUCGAUGAUUAUCGUUAUUCAGCUCCUGGACAAUUUCUUUUACUUUCUUCACUUUGUAAACUUAGUCAAGAAAAAGUAAAUCAUACUCUUUCGCGUUUAUUGACAAGUUAUUUUAUUAAUUCUCGGCUUUUAUCUGAAAAUCUUUUAAUUGAACAAAUUGAAAUAAUUCUAAAUCAACUUCAAUCAACUACAUCCAAUUCAUUUCUUAAUAUUAUUAAUUUAAUUCGUGAAAUAAUUGGUUCGAAUAUGAUUAUGAGUACAUGGAGCACUAAUUGGGAAUAUGUUACUGAAAGUGCAUUUUCUGAUUAUUUACCUGUACAUACAGCACCUGUAAGUUAUGGUGAAUGUAAUUGUGGAUUAUCAUUUAAAUGUACUCAGUCAUCAGGAGAUAUGAUGAGUGGUUGUUAUCCACUUGAAUCUAUUCUUCAAACAAAACUUUACUGUUUUUAUGAUCAAAAUUGUAUUGAUUCAAAUGGAAAUUUUACAAGUUUAAAUAUGUCAACGUUGGAAAAAAGUCAAUUUAAUUUAGAUUCAACAAUUGAAUCAAUUUUAAAUAAUUUAAUGAUUGAAGAAUAUAAAACUAAUUUAUCAUAUGAAAAUUAUUUUAAUCAAUGUCAACCAUUAUCAUGUUUAUAUACUUAUAUUAAAACUCAUGAUGUAACUCAAACAAUAAUAUCUCUCAUUUCUCUUUAUGGUGGAUUAGUUAUUAUAACUCGUUGUUUAUCAAUUAUUUUCGUUAAAAUUUAUGAAUAUAAAAAAAAUCGAAUUAAACCCGAAACUCUUCAACAAAAUACUUAA